AUGCCUCCCAAAAAGUAUUUAAACUGGCAGCCCUUCGCCCUCGGAAUUCUUGAAACUCGGGCCCUGGAUACGCUCCAGGACCUGCCCCCAGCUCGCCACUGCACAGUCGGCCAUCCUGCGCGGUUGCGAGAAUCUGGUGUCCAUGCCGCUGCCUUCUUCUAUCUUGUCACGGCCGCGGACCCUGGUCCCUGGUAUGUCAUCGACGGUGUUUUGUGGGAUACGGAUAGCAACUCGAAGCUCUAUGAAGGAACCUUCAUAGUGCCCUACCGUGACCCCCCAUCACGCCGUCAUCGUUUUUGUGCUGAGUGGAACGAGGGACUGGGUGUGUUUAUCGUUCGCAAUGAGGUGACCGGCAAGGAGAAUAAGCCACCACGUUCUCGCGGAGCAGCUUCAAUGAUCUCAUAUGAUGGGUCUUCAGAUGGGUUAGAGGAAGCUUGGGGCUCUCGCACUGUGGAUGAGGCUCAUUUGGUUGGAGAUACGCUCGAUACCAAAUGCUUGCCUCCACUGCCUGGUGAUUACUUGGAAGAUGCCAGCCAAUGUGAAUCAGAAGGAGCCUCUUCUUCUUCUUCUGGGAAUGGUGAUGUAUUGGCGGAUUCAGGUUCUGGACACAGCCUUGAUCCAGUCGACAUGUCAACGACGUUGUAUACUGCCAUCGACAAGCAGAGCAACCCCCUUACGAUUCAGACUCUUCUUUUAGGUCAAGCGCCAGCUAGCGAGAUUGAAGCUAUUCCAGCAGAGCCUAACGACCAGACAUCAAUCGCCUUACAAAAGGACUUGCACGCUUUGACUGAUGAAGUCGAUACGAUCGAUGUACAACACUUUCCAGAAUCCCAUGACGCGAAUACGCCAGCCGGCCAUGCUAUAGAUGAACUUUCCCACGACCUCGACGACACCACUGCCAUCACACACCAGCUCGAAGACCCUGCCACUGAAGCUGCCGAUACAUCCUUCCCAGAAUUCGUCGAUCAACAGUCGACACAAGAGGAAGAUGACGAAGCCGGCGCCGGUGCUGGUGCCGACGACUGGGAAACCAACAGCAACCCGUCAGACAGGGAAAUCUCCGAUAUUGCGCACGACGAGCUACGCUGGAGAGAUUACCUGACCGAGUACUACCCUCAGAUCCAUCACUUCAACUUUUUCGGCGAUGCAAUUGUAUACCGCAGCUGUACUCCUCCCGAGGUAUCACUCUUCGCCCUCAUGUGUGGUCCCAAACCCUGGCACUAUGAUGUAUCUUCACGAGCCGUGGCUGUACGUCAAGCACUGAAAUUCGUCGACCCUGUCCUCUACACCGGAUCUCUCAGGGAUAUCUCAUCGUACAGUGGCCACCGCCUCAUCAAAGCUAUCACAGGGAACGUACACCAAUUCUACACCGAGCACGGAUGUUGGGUCCACGACAUCGUCAAGUGGGCUCAGGAACGACCAAUUCUCGACCCUACGGACUCGGAGUCGUACUACUCGGAGACUUGGCUGCCCGUUAAUGGAUGGCUGAAGGUUCAUUGGAGGGUGCCUUCGCGGUACGAGUAUCUAGCUGGAGCAGGUACGUCCAAACCUGAGAGGAAGGUUAGGCUAGCUCGUAUGCCGAAGUCACCACUUUCAAAGAGUAUGUCUGCUAGCGAAUGUUAG